AUGUCUGUUUCACCCACUGCUGUCUUCAUUCCCAAGAUCAUCAGUAAUCCACAAGAGUUGUAUUAUGAAUUUAGUAUCUCCAAUGAAUCCACUCCAACAAUCGCAGUGCUGAGCUACUCCAGUGGACUUCAACGUCUUGUAUGGGACAGUAGUUACCUUAAAUGGCAUGUCAUGAGUUCUGUGCCCCGCGACGAAUGUGAUAAAUAUGGCUAUUGUGGUUAUAAUGCUAUUUGUACGGUUAGUGAUUCUCAGAUUUGCAGCUGUUUGACAGGAUAUAUGCCUAAUAUUUCACGAGAUUGGGAUAUGCUUAUGUGGUCUGGUGGGUGCAUUCGGAAAAACCCAUUGAAUUGUCUCCCAGGAGAAGGAUUUAUAGAGCUUGAAGGUGUGAAAAUGCCCGAUUUGUUGAAGUUUUGGGUUAACCCCAAUAUGAAACUGACACAAUAUGUUAGCCCGAAACUUUAUAUUCGGGUUGUAGCUUCAGACCUAGUUUCCAAAAAGAAAAAGAAGAUGGCAGUGGUGGUGGUAGUCCUGAUGAUCAGUGCACCAAUUGCAGUGGUGCUUGUCAUUGUCUCAUGUGUCAUUUGGAAGAAGAUCUCAGCUCGAGGUACACUGCCACCAGUACAGGACACUCAAGUAGGAGAUCAGGAAAACCUAGACUUACCUAUCUUCGAUAGUGUCAUUAUUGCGGAAGCAACUAAUAAUUUUUCUCAUACAAACAAGAUAGGAGAGGGAGGUUUUGGACCUGUUUACAAGCAGCUCCCCAAAGACAGGCCAACUAUGUCAUGUGUGGUCCGAAUGUUGGAUAGUGAGAGUGCAAUUCUGCCUCAACCUAUGCAACCUGGUUUUUAUACAGAGAGAAGCCAUGUUGAGGCUGAAUCUUCAGUGUCUGGAAGAACUUGGUCAAUGAAUGAGGUGACCAAUUCUCAGUUAGAAGGUCGAUGAAUAAUUCAUUCCUUGGACAUGUAAAUGCCAGGUGAAUCAGGUGACACACGAUGAAUAUCUAAUCCACUCUAUACAAAUACAACCGAUGAUGAAAAUAUUUUUAAGGUUCACUGGAUGAUUUGGGUGAUCUUUGUAUGUACCCUAUUAUAUUUCUCGGAUAAAAUUAGGAUCCUGUCACUUGCAAUGUGUUAGUU